AUGGAAGAGACCCCUGCCUGGGGAUCUGACGCUUGGGGUGCCUCUGGGGAGUGGUUGGCACCCAGGGAGGCCAGACCAGCUCCCUGCCCUACUUUCCCAGGUCUGUCCCUGUCCUCUGUGCUGAACGAGCUCCCCAGCGCAGCCACCCUCCGGUACCGAGGCCCUGGGGUGCUGCCUUGCGGGGCACUGGAGGAGCAGGAUGAGGACGAAGAAGGGAACAUCCAGGCCUUUGUGGGAGCCACCCAAAAGGAGCUGCAGGAAUCCUGCCCGUCCCGGGAGCUGCCCUGGCCCAUGCAGGCCAGACGGGCACACGCGAAGAGGCACACUUGGGACCAAGUGGCCAACGGCUCGGGGUCCAGGGCGGCACACUGGGCCCGGGUGCUUCGGAGGUCCAGGGAGAAGAUGCGGGAAGCCUGUUGUACCCUGCAGCCCUGGGCAUGGACGCUGAAGAGGAUAGGGGGCCAGUUCGGGGCCGGCACCGAGUCCUACUUCUCCUUGUUGCGCUUUCUGCUACUUCUCAACGUGCUGGCCGCCGCGCUGAAGGCCUGCAUGACGCUGCUGCCCACCUGGUUGGAAGGGACUCCCCCGGGACCCCCCAGCACUAACAUCUCCUCACCCUGUGGCUCCUACAACCCGAGCUCCCAGGGCUUGAUCGCAUUCCACACCCAGCUCUUCAACUUGCUCACGGGACAGGGUUAUCUAGAAUGGUCCCCUCUCUUCUAUGGAUUCUACCCGCCCCGCCCGCGCCUGGCGGUCACCUACCUGUGCUCAGUCUUUGCCAUUGGCCUCCUCUGCCUCCUGCUCAUCCUGCACCGCUCAGUGUCCGGCAUGAAGCAGACACUGCUGGCCGAGUCGGGGGCUCUGACCAGCUACAGCCAUCGCGUGUUCUCGGCCUGGGACUUUGGCCUCCGCGGCGCUGUCCACGUGCGGCUGCGCCAGCGUACGAUCCUCUAUGAGCUGCAGGUGGAGCUGGAGGAGGCAGUGGUGCGGCGUCAGGCUGCAGUGCGGACCCUGGGCCAGGAAGCUAGGGUGUGGCUUGUGCGGGGGCUGCUCAACCUGCUGGUGUUAGCGCUCCUGGGGGCAGCCUGCUAUGGAGUCUUCAGGACUACGGAGUACACCGUGGAGUUGCAGGAGAAUUCCUUUGUCCAGCAGACGCCACUACUAAAGCUCCUGGUGAAUUACCUUCUGUCCAUCUUCAUCUUCUUGGUCAACUUCGUGCUGCCACCCGUGUUCAAGCUCAUUGCCCCGCUGGAGGGCUACACUCGGAGCCUCCAGAUCGUUUUUAUCCUGCUCAGGACUGUGGUUCUCCGCCUCGCCUCUCUGUUUUCCCUGCUCUUCUCUCUCUGGACUCAGAUCACUUGCAGGGGCAGGGGCAAUGCCAAGGCUAAGGACUGCAAAACCUGUGGCUACAAUUACGAAGAACUUCCGUGCUGGGAGACCCGGGUGGGGCAGGAGAUGUACAAACUCCUGCUUUUUGAUCUGCUGACCGGCUUGGCAGUCUCGCUGCUCAUCCAGUUUCCUCGAAAGCUGCUUUGUGGCCUCUUUCCCGGGGCGCUUGGUCGUCUGGCCGGGACCCAGGAGUUCCAGGUGCCCGACGAGGUGCUGGGGCUGAUCUACGCGCAGACAGUGGUCUGGGUGGGGAGUUUUUUCUGCCCUUUACUGCCACUGCUCAACACGGCCAAGUUCCUUCUACUUUUCUAUCUGAAAAAGCUCACCCUCUUCUCCACCUGCUCCCCGGCCUCCCGCACCUUCCGCGCCUCCAUGGUGAAUUGUUUUUUCCCCUUGGUCCUCGUCCUGGGUCUGGCCAUCUCCGCUGUUCCCGUGCUUUGUAGCAUCUUCCUGAUCCCGCCUUCCAAGCUGUGUGGUCCAUUCCAGGGACAGCCGUCCAUCUGGGCCCAGAUCCCUGAGUCUAUUUACAGCCUCCCUCAGGCCACUCAGAACUUUCUCUUCUUCCUGGGGACCCAGGCUUUUGCUGUGCCCCUUCUGGUGAUCUCCAGCAUACUGAUGGCAUAUACCGUGUCCCUGGCCAACUCAUAUGGGCGCCUCAUCUCUGAGCUCAAGCGCCAGAUAGAGACGGAGGCGCAGAAUAAAGUCUUCCUGGCACAGCGCGCUGUGGCGCUGAGCUCGGCCAACGGGGCUCUGUGACUUGCCCAGCCCGGCUUAGAAUGAAGUAACCACUUGGAGUUUCCAGACCUGUCCCCAGAACUUUGUGUCAUAGCCUUUGUAAGCCUCGAUUAUUCACAUCUCUAAAAUGAAAGUAUUGGAGAAGACUCCACACUCUUCCAGCAUGGGAUUUGGAGAAUUCCGGCCGCCAAGUCCCUGACUCUCUAGUGAACCUUUUCAUUUAUCAAUAAAUACA